ACAAAGGUCCGGGACUUUUUGUGUACAAUAUUUUCUCCCGUGUUUCUCUCCCUAAUGUAUGCGAUCAUCAUGAAGAAAGCUCAGCUGGGAUAUCUAAUUGGCAAUUCUAGUUUGGUUUUCCAGUAAAUUAAGCCAGUGAAGGAGAGGAAGUGAGUUAAUUGAUUGUUUGGGGACUUGGCUGUGAGGGAAGAUGGAAAUGUUUUUCAAGAAAGCUUCCACAGCUGAGUUGGAUGCUUUCUAUCCAGUUAGACGGGAUUGCCAGGUUGAUGUCCCAAAGACCCGAUUUAGGCUAAGGGCUGGGAGAACUCUUAGUGCAAGGAGAUGGCAUGCUGCCUUCUCUGAUGAUGGUCAUUUGGAUAUAGCAUCGGUGCUUAGACGAAUCCAACGAGGGGGCGUCCAUCCUGCAAUUAAGGGUGUAGUAUGGGAGUUCUUGGUAGGUUGUUUUGAUCCACGUAGCACCUUUGACGAACGGAAUGAUCUCAGACAGCAGAGAAGGGAGAAGUAUGCCCAAUUGAAAGGUGAAUGCAAUAAGAUGGUUCCAGUUAUUGGCAGUGGAAAAUUUAUUACAACACCGCUGGUCACGGAUGAUGGUGACCCAAUAGAAGGAGCACCAAAUGGAGCAAGACAUGAUGUUUCAGACAAGAAAGUGAUCCAGUGGAAGCUUUUCUUGCAUCAAAUCGGUUUGGACGUUGUUCGCACAGAUCGGACGCUUGUAUUUUAUGAGAGUGAAACUAAUCAGGCAAAACUUUGGGAAAUUCUUUCAGUUUAUGCUUGGAUGGACAAUGAUAUUGGUUAUGUUCAAGGAAUGAAUGACAUAUGCUCGCCAAUUGUCAUUCUUAUUGACAACCAUGCAGAUGCAUUUUGGUGUUUUGAACGUGCGAUGCGAAAGCUGAGAGAAAAUUUUAGAUGUACUUCUUCUUCAAUGGGGGUGCAAUCUCAGCUGGCUACGCUCUCCCAAGUAAUCAGAACUAUUGAUCCCAAACUUCAUCAACAUCUUGAGGAACUAGAUGGUGGGGAGUAUCUAUUUGCAUUCCGCAUGCUGAUGGUACUGUUCAGAAGAGAGUUUUCCUUUGUCGAUUCACUGUAUCUUUGGGAGCUGAUGUGGGCCAUGGAAUACAACCCAAACAUUUUCUCAUCCUACGAAACGUCAAGCGCUGGUGCUACACCACCUAAUGCAAGUGACAAAGAACUAAAGGCAUUUGGCAAGUUUGAGAGGAACAAUGUCAAAACUGGAUACACAGAACAACAUGGGGCACUUUCCGUUUUUCUUGUUGCCAGUGUUCUUGAGACAAAAAACAAGCAGCUUUUAAAAAAGGCCAAGGGUCUAGACGAUGUUGUCAAUAUCCUAGGCGAUAUAACUGGGAAUCUGGAUGCUAGAAAGGCAUGUAAUGAGGCAUUGAAGAUUCACAAAAAGUACCUAAAAUUGCAGAAUGUGAAGUCGUAAACUUUCCCUGGGACAUCAGGUCUGUUUACCCAAAUUUUGCAGCCAGGGCCAGUCGGCCAGGUGAUGGUGACUAAAGCAAUAUCCUGCUACUUACUGUGGAAUUCCAUAUUUUCCUCUACCUCUCCCAGAGGAAACAACAUAGUAAACCAGUGUAAUUUUGGGCUACAGCCCCCAUACUUGAGAAAAACCACAGACGAAACAUGUACAAUUUUCUGUAAAGUGAUCAAAGACAGAACAUAUUGCUUCU